CGGUGUUUCGCCGCAUGAUCGCUGAAGAAGAAGAAUCGCGGAAGAAGGGAAAGGUUUCCUGACGGAUCACCGGGCUAACCAGCUAACAAAGAUAACUACCCGUCUUAUCGGCAAUUUAAUCAGGUAUACCGGUUAGAUAGACACCCGGACCGAAGUAUCAAGAUGACAGCCGCACCUUACAACUACUCCUACAUCUUCAAAUACAUCAUCAUCGGUGAUAUGGGAGUAGGGAAGUCCUGUCUGCUGCACCAGUUCACAGAGAAAAAAUUCAUGGCGGACUGUCCUCACACCAUCGGGGUGGAGUUUGGGACGAGGAUCAUGGAGGUUAACGGUCAGAAAGUGAAGCUGCAGAUCUGGGACACAGCCGGUCAGGAGCGCUUCAGGGCUGUCACCAGGUCCUAUUACAGAGGGGCUGCCGGGGCCCUCAUGGUGUACGACAUCACCAGGAGAAGUACUUAUAAUCACUUGAGCAGCUGGUUAACAGAUGCCAGGAACCUGACCAACCCAAACACAGUGAUCAUUCUGAUUGGUAACAAGGGCGACCUGGAGGCUCAGAGAGACGUGACGUACGAGGAGGCCAAACAGUUUGCGGAGGAGAAUGGUUUGCUGUUUCUAGAGGCCAGCGCUAAGACAGGGGAGAAUGUGGAAGAGGCCUUCCUGGAAGCGGCAAAGAGAAUUUACCAGAACAUCCAAGAUGGCAGUCUGGACCUGAACGCUGCCGAGUCAGGAGUCCAGCAUAAACCGUCUGCACCACAGGGAGGUCGCCUCAACGCCGACAGCCAGCCGGCCAAAGAAGGCUGCAGCUGCUAACCACAGACCCAUCAGACAGACGGACGGACGGACAGAAGCAGACAGAUAACGUACACAGAGAUCCACCAGGCACUAACAUGCAUCUUCUAUCCAGAGUGCGUCAAACAGGAUUUAGCUGGAUUACAUUUAACAGUCCAACCAACUGUUGUCAAAUCCAGACCUCAGUUCAAUACCCAAAACAAGAUUCAACCAUCCUCCACCCAAUCAGAUAUUUACCAGCUUUGGUUAAAUCAGGACACCUGCUACCAAAUCCAGAAACUAUCCAGAUGUAUAUGUGCCACCUCUGGAUCAGUGUUGGUCAACUUCCAAAUCAGGACCACCCUAGACCUUAGCUGGAUCACUGUUUGCACAAAUUGAAUCCCUAAGCAUAAAUCCCGGCCACUCUUGGUCCACACUUGGAUCAUGCUAGGUCUCAUUCCAGCUUAGUCACUAUGCCCAUCGCCAGGCAAACCUUUCCCCAAAACUGGAUGACCCUCUGGACCUUCCAAGAUUAAAGUGCUGUUGGCCUGACUCAAGUGAAGGUUGUCCAAUUUAGGACUACUCUGGUCACACUUGAUAACAAUUUAUUCAUUAUUAUUAGUUAACAAAUAAAGAUACAAGACUCAAAUUUGAAUCAACCUACAGCCCAAAUCUGAUCUACACUUGCAGAUCACCAAAAUGCAGAUCACCCAAAAAAACGUACACUUAAACUUUUGACAUUUAGAUUAGCCUCGACUCUUCUUGGUUCCAAUUGAGGCCGCCUUCACCCCACAUCCAGGCUGGCUUGGCCCAAAGGUAGGCCAAACUGGACUGUUGUAAGCUCAGAAUAGCACCACCCUUAGCCCACCAACCGAAAACCAUUUUCCCCAAGACUGAACCCAACUCAAGUGAGGGUAUUCAAACUACUUUUGUCCCAUAUGUUAAACACCAAUGAGACAGAUAAAGAUUCAAUGCUUAAAUUCGGACAAAAAAACGGAUCACCCAAGUCUCAACUCCAGACAUUCCUAUGGACAGAUUCAAAGCCUUGGCUCAAGCCAGACUGCUUACUGGUCCAAAUCGAGGACCACCUCUAGUCCAAAUAUUCAUAUUUAGCUUUAAUCUGAUCUGCUAUAAAUCCAGAUCGUCCAAACGCCCAACUCUGGCGUUCAUGCUUUGAUAUAAACGUUGGGAUUAAUAGUCGUACUUAUGUCUUAUGUGUGUGGUAUCCCAUCAUUUGUUGUUCAGUUGGAAAAGUCUUAAAAAUUCAUGCUUCAAAUCCAUUAAUUCUAACCGAGUGGCCUGGACUCUCCUCAUAUCACUUGUUUCCAAACAGCUGCCCUUCGAGCUGACCCGUUGCAUUUACACAGUGUCGGUAAUGUGGAUCCGAAGAUGCAUUUACACUGUAGUUGAUGAUGUGGAUUGGAGACUUUUGAAUUGAGUUGUUCUGUUGGAGUUCCAGCAAUAUUCGCACCUAAAAGCUGAUGAUAUAAUUUUACUUGUUUGACUACCAAUCACCUCGAAUGCAGGUUAAAGGGGUACUCCAUGCUUAGUACACUUAACCUCUGAAAAUACUUGUGUAAUGUCUUCUGUGGCUAUGGAGGAGCUUCCUAAAGUCUGCAAAAAAUAACUCUGAUGUAAUUUGGCCUGGGUUAGAAGACCACCUAUAACGAACGCCUGUUUCAAACAGCAGGUGUGCAGUUUGAAAGUCGUGGGCAUUCACCAGGCUAAGUGGGUCUACUGAAAGACGGUACGAAUCUGCUUAACGAAAAUUGUAGGAUCCAUGGUUUUGGAGUUUGUCCUAUAUUAUUUACUAAAAGUCAGAACACCUCAGCUUUUGCUGCUUCAGUUUUGACCAGUCUUUCUUUAACAUGUCUCUCACAAGUUCCCCAACUUUAUAAAAGUGCGAUAAAAGCUUUAGCUGACUUCAAAUACACUAGUUUCAGUCACGUCUAAAUCACUUGAGUAGCCCCUUUAACCCCACCUGGAAGAGGGGGUCACAGAAAAGAUCGGAAAAUGUUAACCGAAAAGAGCCAGGAUCUCAGUACAGAUAGACCCACAUAUAAACACACAUGCACAGAUUACAGGUCUUUGUGGUUCCAACUUUUAGGACCUGAUCCAAAACGGACCUGAAACCAUAUUUGGAUCCAACGUGCAUAAAGAGUUUUCUUUUUUAAGAAAGACUAAAUCUGAAAUGUUUUUGAGGACACUACACCCCUGCCCGACCAAAUGAUACUAAACCUUAUCUGGACCCGGCCUUACUUGGCUCCUGGGUCUGGUCUCUGUUACUAGGGACCAAGUGGAUCCUCAAAGACCUAACAAACAUAUGUUCACAGACAGGAUCCUCCAAACCCACCAUCUCUGCAUCUCCACACUUGCCUUUUCUUUUUUUAAAUCGUAAAUAUUUUUUAACUAAAUAACUUAAGGCGACUUUGAAUAUUGAUCAUUCUGUGGAGAGAUAAAGCAACUGAUUGAUGAAGGUGAUGAUGAAGAACAAAAUUACUUACCUGAACCAGAAUGUCACUACUGGCCCCACAGUGGAUCACAAGUUAAGAAUAGAUUUUAUUAAAUUCUUGUUAAUGUUUUUUCCUAACGUUUUUCCAAAUAUAUAAAUGGUUUUUGAUUGAACGUUAGUCUGGGGAGUCUGCUCUGUAUUUUCUACUGCACAAGAGGCGUGAUCAACGGGCAUAGUUCAAAUGACUCUGUACGCAAUUGGAUAGUCCUUCAACCAAUCGGACCAACGAUCCAGGUGACGUAGCAGCGACAGCGGCAUCAACGGGUUGCUGCCAUGGAUGUAUUAAGAGAGCGGUUGCUGCGCUUCGGUGGUCGCCAUGUUGAAUGUAAACAAGAAGCUGCUUGGUCGCUCCUCUAUCGUCAUCGCGUUAAACUCGCCAAUAGCGCGCCAGGUGGAUAAGGCAGUUUGUGAUUGGUCCCUGCAGAUUUGUAAUGGAAGCAGGACAGAUAAACGUACAGGUUUCCAGCCUGAGCUGCAGGGCGAAAUCAAAUCGCCGGCAGAUUGGGCUGGGUUUACCCGGUCUAGCGCGAACUAGCUACAAAACAGAAACCCCAACACUUUUUAAAUAUUUCAAAGCUGUAUUCUUUGAUUUUGUGGUCACUGGAGGGGGAGAAAAGCCAAAACAAGCCACCAGAUGCGCACACAGUAUACCAUGUAAUGUAUCGGUCGUUUGAGUGUUUUAAAAAUAAAUCGAUGAAUGCAGCUUUGA